AUGUCCAAACACAGCGUCGCAGCGCAUCGUGCUUGGAAACUGUGUGAAGAUGUACUGUCUCGACUGGCGUCGAGGCUGGGAUACGACACUGGCAAUUUACCACCUCAUCCAAAUCAGGAGCAAGUUAAAGCAGUUGACGUCGCAACAUUAUUCGCCCAUGAUGAUCAACGUCUACCGCAAACCUGCUCUCAGGAAGACAAUAUCGCAGGUCGGGAUGACAUUGACUCGACCUUUGCGGAUGAACCGGGGGUUGAGCCUUCAUCUGCACCAAUUAUGCAUGAUCGUAUCCCAGGCGAUGUGUAUUUCCCCUAUGAUCCGAUCACGGGGGAAUUUCUACGUGCUUUGUUCCCCGAGUUGAAAGAAGAAGAACGGUGGGGAUUGUAG